AAUCAGUCAACGGCUGGUUAUAUGCCAGACUACAUCGUGGUUUUUUUUGUAUAUUGUAUCGGAUACGGAUAGUCCGCACAUUCAAUACCGUUUGUAUAUCAUUUAGUCACUUGACGUCUACGACACAAUACGUACAUUGACCGUGUGAUUUUUUUCUCAUUAAAUGUCGUACUAUUCCUAAUUGAAUAUCGGAAAUUAUAUGAAAUUGAAUUUAAAGAUUCAAAUUUUGAUGAUUUUGCAAAGAAUACAUGGACUCUGAGGGAAGAUAAUUUCGUUUUCCUUUCGUGGUGGAUUUGAGUUCUUUUGUUUGUUUAUUUUUGACUUUUUGAACAAUAUUUUCAAAAAGAAACAGAAAAUACUCUCAAUUUUGAAGUAAUAGAACAAGUGCAAAUAGUGAUACACUGUGACACUCAUUCUAUAUCGAGAUUGGCGAGACUUGACAAGUUGAAUUAAAAAUUAAAAUUUUUGAAGAAAAUUUGUGUGGCUAAACAGUGAAUACGAAGAAAAUUGUUAUGAUCGAAGUAUGGUGAUUUUGAAUUUGAAAGAGAAAAACGAAAAUGUUGUGUACUCUAUUACAUACCAAAUACCAUUCGAGUUUAUGAUGAUGACAAGUGUUUUGACAUUGAAAGGGAAAAACAAUAAAAACAAAGUAGAAAACAAAGCAAUGAUCAAAUAGUGACGUUUCGGCAUUCAAAAGAUUUCAGAAAGUUUAUUUUUGAAGAAAUUAAAAAAAAAAACUAAAAAUAAACUUCAUAGACCAAGUCUAAGUGAACCGAAAAAGAAAAUCUGUGUUUGUGACCGAAUCAAACUUGCACUCAAACAAAUCUAAACGAAGAAAACAAUCGGUGACAACAAGAAUAUAUUUCUAUUUUUCGAAUAAAUACCAAAUGCAUAACCGUGUGAUAUUUCCAACAAGUGUUUUGUGUUAAAAUUUAAAUCACGGCCUAUUUAGCGAACGUACCCUCUUCGGAGGGGUUCAGUGGACUACAAAGUCUGCAAGGUCUCGUUGGAUUGGAGGGUGUUGCCUCCAGACAACAGGCCCGAAUGCAGCCAACGUUACCACAAAGCGCUGGAGCAGCCGAUAUGGAUCUGCCGGCUGUACAAUCCAUGGAUUGGUUAUUCAAAAAGGAACGCAUUUAUUUAUUAGCACAAUUUUGGCAACAGAGAGCAACUCUAGCAGAAAAAGAAGUGAACACAUUAAAGGAACAACUAUCAUCGAACACAACAACUCCAAUAAAUUCGUCAACGCCAAAAACGCCAACACUAACAAACGGCAUACCGCCACCCCUAUCAUCGCCAAUAUCGGCCGAUGAUUGUAGCGUACAUAGUUUAAGUAGUAAAUCGAUAAACAAUAAUAAAAUAGACGAAAUAAAUGAAAAUAAAAUGGAGCACAGUAACAGUACGCCCGAUCAGCACAAUAACAAUAGCAGAGGAUCGCCGAAUGUUAUGGAAAAUCAAAAGGAUGCGAGUGGCGGAGAUUUGGCAUGCAAUAAUAAUAAUGGCAGUACGAGAACGUCGAUGAGCAACGAUUGUUCGACAAAGGACAAAGAGAUUUUGGCGUUAGUGGAAGAAAUAUCAAGACUGAGAAGUGCGUUAACUGUAUUACAGGAAUCACACAAUACACAAAUUCAACGGCUCGAGGAGCGGCUAGAUGCUAAACAACAACAUAUUAAUCGACUGGAAAGUCGUUUAGAUAAACAGUCUGAUUAUGAUGAUGUGAAGAAGGAGAAUAGUGCACUUCGACUGGUCGAUGUCUCAACCGAUUCUAAUAAGUUUCAAGAACUACUUCUGGAACGAACGAAAGCAUUGGCGGCACAAACAGAAGCUUUGAAGUCAUCGUCACAUUCUGAUGGAUCUCCUUCGGCCGUAGCGACACCACUCCAUCACCAAAGCAAUCAUCCACUCUCUUCUCCCUCAACACCAAUUCACACACCAGCAUCGACACCAGUGUCUGGUGCUAGUUCCGUGAAUAAUCAUCACAAUCAAACCAACACUACCACUCCAUCUGCCCAAUCCACAUUGCUUCCGCCAUCGCUUCAAAAUGUCGAAGCAUUCGGUUCAUUUCUGGGCGAAGAAAUUGUGAGCAAUUGGCGUCGUGGUCUAGAAUUACCACCACCACCACCCGGCAUUGCCACACUUCGUUCGUCCAUGCAAUCCAUGCAACUAAAUCAUCAAAUUACUUCACCCACUGCAGAUGAUCAUCUGAGCCAUCGUCACGACGAUAAAAGCAGUCAUCACGAUGCCUCGUCGACAGCCAGUACACCCGUUUUACAAGACUCACGAUCCGACGAACAUCUAAACGGUGGUAUAACGCCGAUGUCAUUGCCGCGAUCGAAAAGUCCAGAAGACAACAACAAUCACUUGGGUGCUUUACCGCACGGUCCAGCUGGUUUUCCAUUAGGACUUCCAUUUCAAUUCCAAGAUCGCCCGCCACAUUUUCGUUUCGCUGAAGAUCUUCAAAUGCCUCCCGGUUCGAUGGCUGGCCGUUUGGGUGAUUCGCUCAUACCGAAAGGCGAUCCAAUGGAAGCGAAACUGCAGGAAAUGUUGCGCUACAACAUGGACAAAUAUGCCAAUCAAAAUUUAGAUACAUUGCACAUAUCUCGUCGCGUACGUGAACUAUUAUCCGUACACAACAUUGGACAGCGUCUGUUUGCCAAAUAUGUACUGGGCUUAUCCCAAGGUACCGUCUCUGAAUUGCUGUCCAAACCAAAGCCAUGGGACAAGUUAACGGAAAAAGGACGUGACAGCUAUCGAAAGAUGCACGCCUGGGCAUGUGAUGAUAACGCCGUUCUAUUGCUGAAAUCGUUGAUACCAAAAAAAGACGCUCCAGAUUCCGGAAUGCCGUCAUUUGGUCGAUCCGAGGAUGGUAUGGCUGAUGAUCGCAUCGCUCAUAUUCUAUCGGAAGCUUCAAGCAUGAUCAAACCAUCGCCGCAACAGCAACAUCAUUUAAGCCAGCAGCAACAGCAACAUUUACAACAACAACACCAUAUGCUCAAACAACAUGAUGAUUCAAUGAACAGUAACGAUGAUUCCAAAUCGCCACCGAAUCAGUGUACAUCGCCGUUUUCGCGCGACUCACAAAAUCGCCGGCUGAAAAAGUACGACAACGAUGACAUACCUCACGACAAGGUUACGCGAAUCUAUCAAGAGGAAUUGGCUAAGCUGAUGGGCCGUGGUUCGAGAGAUUCAUUUCCAAGUAUUCUCUUUCCACAUUUUUUUAGUGGUGGGAUGCCACCAACAUCCCAAAUGCCUGACGAUAACAUUCGGAUGGCACUCGAAGCAUAUCACCGUGAAUUAGCCAAAUUGCAACAAAGUGGCGGUAACAUACCAAAUUUUCCAAAUUUACCGGGAUUAUUGGCUUUGCAACAGCAGGCACUGAAUGGGGCUCAAGAUCUAUCGGUGAAAAAGGAACAAACCAAAAUGAAUGGUCAACCUCCGUCGAAUAUCGACGAAUUGAGUAAGGACAGUGAAGAUCCUCGACACUCAGGCAGUGCAUUUAGUCUAGUACGACCAAAACAAGAACCGGGCACAACGCCUACAACGACGGCGUCGUCAGCCGCUCCAAGUCCAUUGGGAAACUCAAUUCUUCCGCCCGCAAUGACUCCAACUGAUGAUUUCUCUUCAGCCGCAAGUCCAUUGCAGCGAAUGGCUUCGAUUACAAAUUCCCUAAUAUCACAAUCACCAGUCUCGAGUCAUCACAAUAGUCCACAGCGGCCGUUGAAGGCUGUUCUACCACCAAUUACCCAACAACAAUUCGACAUGUUCAACAAUUUGAACACCGAAGACAUUGUACGACGUGUCAAAGAAGCACUGUCUCAAUACUCAAUAAGCCAGAGGUUGUUCGGUGAGUCAGUGCUUGGACUGUCUCAAGGUUCGGUUAGUGAUUUAUUGGCAAGACCGAAGCCAUGGCAUAUGCUCACACAGAAAGGACGUGAACCAUUCAUUCGAAUGAAAAUGUUUUUGGAAGACGACAAUGCCGUUCAUAAGUUAGUCGCCAGUCAAUACAAAAUCGCCCCAGAAAAACUAAUGCGAACUGGUAAUUACAGUGGCACACCGCAACUACCACAAGGUAUAAAGCAAAUGCCCCCCAUGCAGAAGAUGAUGAACGAAAUGUCGAAGUUGCAACAAGAACAACAUUUGAUUCACAUGCAACAAAUGCAACAGCAAAUUGGAAAUAGCCAACAACAGGCGAUGCUACUAACGCCGCCUGGUAUGCCACCACAUCACCGAAUCAGUCUGCCUUCAGAAGAAAAGAAACCCAUGUCUAUGCCGACACACUCUCCGCAACAGCAACAACAGCAACACCAACAACAACAGCAACAACAAGCUCAACAACACCACCAUCAACAACAACAACAGGCAAAUGCAAUGAGAGGAAUGCAUCAACACAUGUCUCCGACAGUGUACGAAAUGGCAGCGCUAACCCAAGAUCUAGACACCCAAAUUAUUACCACAAAAAUCAAAGAGGCUCUACUGGCUAACAAUAUUGGCCAAAAGAUAUUCGGUGAAGCUGUUCUUGGUCUGUCUCAAGGCUCCGUUUCGGAACUUUUAUCGAAACCCAAACCGUGGCACAUGCUCAGCAUUAAGGGACGCGAACCAUUUAUUCGUAUGCAAUUAUGGUUGGCUGACGCAAACAAUGUUGAUCGUUUACAAGCACUGAAAAAUGAAAGACGUGAAGCCAACAAGCGACGUCGUUCAACUGGUCCUGGUGUGCAAGAUAACAGUUCUGACACAAGCAGCAACGAUACAUCCGAAUUUUACACAUCGAAUUCGCCUGGACCUGGUUCAGUAGGAUCGGCCGGCGCUCCUCCCAACAAAAAGCAACGAGUACUGUUCUCCGAAGAACAAAAGGAAGCCUUGCGGCUGGCGUUCGCCUUAGAUCCAUAUCCAAAUGUAGCAACAAUUGAAUUUUUAGCAACGGAAUUAGGAUUGUCCACGCGAACGAUAACAAAUUGGUUCCACAAUCAUCGAAUGCGUUUGAAGCAACAGGUACCACACGGUGGACCAGCCGAACCUGUUCCAUCCAGAGAAAAUCAAUCCGGCGCACCAUUCGAUCCGGUUCAAUUUAGAAUUCUGUUGAAUCAACGGUUAAUGGAACUGCAAAAAGAACGUAUGGGCUUGGCUGGCAUUCCAUUACCAUAUCCACCAUAUUUUGCCGCAAAUCCGAAUUUAGCCGCAUUGAUCGGCCGUGGCUUGUUACAGUCGAACGAAGCCGAUCUGUCUGCACUGAACAACGCAUUCAAAGAGCAAAUGAAUGGUUUGGAUCUGACAAUGAGCUCAUUGAAACGCGAACGUGAUGACGAUUUCGAUGAAAUGGAUGCUGACGGUGAUGACGAUCAUGUGUCCGAUGGUGAAGACGACGAUGGUGGCGACGGCGAUGCCAAAAGUGAUUCGAACAAAGAAGAUAUCUCAGCAUCACUAGCUGCCAUACAAGCCCGUACAAACCGACGCAAACCGGCCGCACCACAAUGGGUGAAUCCGGUAUGGCAUCAGGAUGAUAAGAAAUCUGCACCGAAACCGACACCAGCCGAAGAUGAAGUGAUUAUCAACGGUGUGUGUGUGAUGCAACAAGCUGCUGACUACAGUCGUAGUGAGGAGACGGUUCGCAUCGAACCGCAAGAUGUCCAAGAUCGAUUCGCCGGUGAUAAUGACGAUGAACGGAGUGACGAUGAAGAUCGAACGGACAAAGACGAUGAAGCGAUGAAGAACGAUAAAGUGGAGGAUAAGGAUGAUGCGGCUGCGGGUGAAUUGCAAACGAAUAUCAAAAGUGAAGAGGAUGAUGGGGAUGGUGAACGUUGGGACUAUUAAAGAGUGAGAAAUUGUGUGUUCAUUAGCUUAAAGAAUUAAAACAAAAAGAAGUAAAUGGAAGAGAGGUAGAAAGAAAAUCGAAAAUGUAUUAAGACGAUCAAAUCGCU